UGUUGUUCACCUGGAAGGCUGGAGCGCCAGAGGAGGGCUGGCUCCCUGUUUUGCCCUCCGUCAAGCCCUGCGGGGCAACAGCAACUGUCAGUUCCACCCUGGCAGGCUCCGGUUCUCUGCUCUGAUCUCCCAGCCUCGUGAUGCAUGUGCAUAGGUGUCAGAUGAGGACCGCGGCUGGGGAAUGCCAGAUUAGAUAUCAAGAUGAGCGGAGAUGUGGCAGACUCUACAGAAGCACAGAAUGAAGGCAGCCACAUAGAACUCGGAAAUGAACGGAAUGGCAUGGAUUUCAGCAGACAGAUUAAAACAGAAGACCUCAGCGACUCUUUGCAGGCGGACACCCACUCAAGGUUGACCCAUCUGUCACAAGGGCUGUCCAUGAUGCCUGGAGGGCAAAUUGCUGGGGACAUGAGUUCUCUUCACACUUUGCAACAACUCGUACAGGUUCCGGGUCAUAUGCAAUCUGUCCCCCUAUUCCUGCUUUCUCAGGGUCCUGCAGGACAACAAGCUCUGCAGUCAAACCUUCUCUCAUUUCCUCAGCAGCAGAGUGGGCUUCUCCUCCCACAACACGGACACAGCUUAGCAUCUCAGGCCAUGGGACGUCCUGGGCACCCUGGGUCAUCGCUGGAGCCCCACCUGGAGGUCCCUCAGCAUUUACAAGUUGCCAAACACUUGUCCUCUUCGGCGGUGACGGACGAAGCUAACGACCUUGAGGAGCUCGAAAAAUUUGCCAAGACGUUCAAGCAGAGGCGAAUCAAGCUUGGAUUCACCCAGGGCGACGUGGGCCUGGCCAUGGGGAAACUCUACGGAAAUGACUUCAGCCAGACCACAAUUUCCCGCUUCGAGGCUCUCAACCUUAGCUUCAAGAACAUGUGCAAGCUAAAACCACUGCUGGAGAAGUGGCUGAGCGAUGCAGAAUCUUCUCCUUUGGACUCUGCCGUGAGCACGCCCAGUCCCUACCCAUCUGUGAGUGAGAUGUUUGGGCGCAAGAGAAAGAAACGCACCAGCAUCGAGACCAACAUCCGCUCCACGCUGGAGAAACGGUUCCAAGACAACCCCAAGCCUAGCUCAGAGGAGAUUUCCAUGAUUGCUGAACAGUUGUCCAUGGAAAAGGAAGUGGUCCGGGUUUGGUUCUGCAACCGGCGCCAGAAAGAGAAGCGCAUCAGCUGCCCAAUGCCCUCCGCCAUGAAAUCACCCCUCUACAACUCCAGACUGGUUUCUACCUCAGGAUCUUUGGGUCCACUUUCUGUUACGCCCGUCCACAGCGCAAUGCAUGGUGCAGUAACAUCGUCAUGUUCUCCUGGCAACUCCAGCCGGCCCUCAUCUCCUAGCUCGGGACUCCAUGCCAGCAGCCCCGGCAUGUCCCACAGCAGCUCCAAAGCAGCAAUCAACUCAUCCAGUUUCAACUCUUCUGGCAGCUCAUGGUACCGAUGGAACCAGCCCACCUACCUGCACUGAAGCUCCAUUCCCAAAAGAGCAACCAAAUCCACCUUUCUCUCCUCUGCCCAAAAGGAAAAAGGAAAAAGGAAGCCUUAACUUCUUGCUGUGGUUCCAGUUCUCUAGGAAUGGCAGCUCAGGCACAAUGGUACAGGUGCCUUCAAGAUGUGGCACAUCGUCCGUCAGCCCUUGACCUCACUUGAUAUACCCAGAACUGUCAAAGGGGCUAAAACUGUGAUGGUUCCCAUACCAGUUGAGGGGUAUAUGGUCAUGUGUGUUUUCUACGCCACAGCAUAAACCUGUUAGUUCAUCAGUCUCAGGCACUUUUCCUUCUGG